ACUCUAGGGCUUCAGGUGACGCCGGAAGACAGCAGCAGCUCUCGGUCGAGGAGAGAUCGAGGCUUUGGAAGGAGCUGGCGGAUUCGGCUGACAGCUCGUCGAGAGGGUCGACGAUCCGCGUGAGGUGGAAAUCGGGGACUCGGUGAUUCGAAUUGGCAGCGAUGUUCAAGCAUCUGGCGAAGAUUAGGAUCGAGUUCAAUCCCAUGGAUCCUCGAGCGGCCUCGGCGCUGGAGUUCCUGGCGCAGUGCAACUCGCGCAAGGUUCGACAGUCGAACCCUAAGUGCGACGUGAUCGUCAAGCGGAGGACGGACGACUCGCCCCCGCGCGUCUUUGUGCAAUUCGCCAACGGAAGGGAGGAGAUGUUGGAUGGCUCGAAAUUACCCGCGCAGGAGAUCCGCAAGGGAAUUCUUGCGCAGGCCGAGAUGAUGGAGACGGAGCAGCUUUUCCGCGACGCUGGACUCCAAUGGCCUGUGAUCAUUCCGAACGACGAAGUUCCUCAAGCUCCCCAAAAUUGACGGAAUUUUUGGAACUCAUUCGAUCUGGCGUUUAGGAGAAUCCUUGCCAGUUUUUCAUUGUCGAGCUAGAAAUUUUUACAGUCCAAUUUCAAAACUCUCGGGGGUAAUUCCUCUUCUUCAUCACACGCUUACUCCUGCAGUCUGAACAAUCACUUCUUGGGCUGGUGGUAAACAAGAGCAAGUGCCUGUCAUUUGCACCUCCCGAGUCAUGUCAGCUCCAUUAGAGCAUUGAGGCCUCUAUUCCCUGGUAUCUUGAGAGGAAACGAAAUGGAAUUGUUUGUCAUCGAGAUCACGUGGACUUCUUGAACUUUGGAAUCAUUCAGAGUGUCUGGAUAAGGUGUAAACAUUAGACCAUGUAAUUAGAGCCUUAUUGGAACCACCUAGUCACGCAUUGUAAUCAGGUGCUUCAUUUGCGGCUUUUUCUUGAGGAUGAGGAUCUAUUCAUCCUUAUGUGUAGGAUGUUCAGGUAGGCCUCUGAAUUUAUUAUACAUGAAUGCAAUUCGGCACAGUGGUGAGCGUGCCCUGUCCUAAUCUUAAGUACGCCAGUACUUUGUAGGGAUGAAUGUGAUUGCAAUUGCCGGUCUGUUCCGGUUAGAUUUGACCUGGGAUGCAAACUCUCAGCUGGUUGAGAUUAAAAUCUUAGCUCGACAUUUCGACAUUUUUGCU